AUGUCUGAGCCUGCCGACCCUGAGAAAGCGUCGCUCGCGCACUCGGCCUCGACGACGACGGAGCCAGAGACCCCACUUCCCACGCGGCACUUUGGCCCUGCGCCCACUGGGCGUGUCCUGCGGCGGCACAAGACGAAGAAGCGGGUGCAGCUCACGAACGGGAACCUUGUACUGGACUUGUCCGUGCCCCCGAAGCUGGUAUUGCCGCGCAAGGGCGACGCGGAGACGCUUAAGACGCGGUACACCGCGGUGACGUGCGACCCGGACGAGUUCGAGAAGAAGGGGUUCUUCUUGAGGCAGAAUGAGAUGAGGAGGACGACAGAGCUGUUUAUUGUUAUUACUAUGUUUAACGAGGACGAGGUGCUGUUCUGCCGGACGAUGAUUGGCGUCAUGCGAAACAUUGCGCAUUUGUGUUCGCGGAAGAACUCGCGGACGUGGGGCGAGGAUGCCUGGAAGAAGGUGGUCGUGUGCAUCGUCGCUGACGGACGCAAGAAAGUGCACCCGCGCGUGUUAGACUGCCUGACGCUGCUGGGCGUAUACCAGCCCGGGGACCACAUGAAGAACAUGGUCAACAACAAGCCGGUCACGGCACACCUGUUCGAGUACACGACGACAUUCGGGCUCGACGAGAACCUCAAGUUCAAGUACCCUGAUAAAGGCAUCGUGCCGACGCAGAUCAUCUUCUGCAUGAAGGAGAAGAACCAAAAGAAGAUCAACUCGCACCGCUGGUUCUUCAACGCGUUCGGACCGAUGCUCCAGCCCAACGUAUGUGUACUGCUCGAUGUGGGCACGCGUCCGGGGAACAAGAGCAUAUAUCAUUUGUGGAAGGCGUUCGACGUGAACUCGAAUGUUGCGGGGGCGUGUGGGGAGAUUGCGGUGUACAAGGGCAAGCAUUGGCUUGGGCUACUCAACCCUCUUGUCGCGGCGCAGAACUUCGAGUACAAGAUCACGAACAUCCUCGACAAGCCCACCGAAUCAUUGUUUGGAUAUAUCAGCGUUCUGCCCGGAGCGUUCUCCGCAUACAGGUACAUCGCUUUGCAGAAUGACAAGUACGGCCUUGGCCCGCUUGCGUCGUACUUCAAGGGCGAGGUCCUGCAUGGUCGCGACACAGAUAUCUUCACCUCCAAUAUGUAUCUUGCCGAAGAUCGUAUCCUGUGCUUUGAACUCGUGGCGAAGCGGAACUCUAAUUGGGUAUUGAAGUACGUCAAGAGCGCGAUAGCCGAGACGGAUGUCCCAGAAGCGCUUCCGGAGUUCAUCAGCCAGCGCCGUCGCUGGCUCAACGGCUCCUUCUUCGCUGCCACAUACGCCAUCGCGCAUCUUGGCCAAAUCUUGCAAUCGGGGCAUAGCGUCGUGCGCAAGGUCUUGUUGGUCUUCGAGACGAUUUAUAACGUGGUCAACCUGAUCGCGGCGUGGUUCGCUGUGGGGAACUUUUACCUGUUCUUCGUCAUCUUGACGUCGUCUUUGGAGAGCGAUGCCUUUGGCAUGCCUGGCAUCAAAUACUUCAACGCGGUGAGCCAGUUUUUAAUGGCCUCCCUGGUCAUUUCGGUCUUCUUGUUCUCGAUGGGCAAUAAACCAAAAGCCUCACGAUGGAAGUAUAAGAUCUGCACCCUGGCCUUUGCCGUUCUCAUGAUCUACGUCAUCUUCGCCGCCGUCAUGUGUGCCGUUCAGGCUGCCAACCAGGGAGGCUCGUCAUACAGCCUCAUGCUGUUCAGCAUUAUCGUCACUUACGGCAUGUAUGCCCUGUCGAGCAUCCUGGCUAUCGACCCGUGGCACAUGUUUACGAGCUUCCUUCCGUAUAUGCUCCUUUCUCCGACCUAUGUCAACAUUCUCCAGAUAUAUGCAUUCUCUAACCUAGACGACAUCUCGUGGGGCACGAAGCAAGACUCAGAGAUCAGUACCGAUCUCGGCGCCGUCAUCCAGAACAGCAACUCCCAAGUCGAUCUCGAGGUUCCCACGGACGCUACCGAUGUAAAUAUGAUCUAUGAGGAAGCGCUCGACAACCUGCGCAAUCGCAAGCCCAUCCUCAAGCCCGCCGGGCUGAACGACGCGGAGAAGGAGCAGCUCGCUAGGGACUACUACGCUAACGUGCGGACGAACGUUCUCUUGUUUUGGGUUCUGUCGAAUGGCUUGCUUCUCGUCGCGAUUCUUGGUGGCGGGGACGCCGUCGACACAUUCUCGGUCAACAAUACCUUCAGCCGGACGAAGGCGUAUAUGACCUUCAUCUUGGCCUUCGUUGCCAUCACGAGUAUCGUCCGAUUCACGGGCUCAUUGAUGUACCUCACCGCCCGUGUCUUCACGGGAUGA